AUGGCAGGAGGUCGCAAGAGCAAGGCAGCCACGGCGGCCGCACCGACGCGGACGCUAGUGGUCGACAACGGCGCAUACACGAUUAAGGCCGGCUUCGCAGAGGGCGACGAUGCGGCGUCGGCAUCAGCAUCAGCAUCUGCAUCUGCAUCUCCCCGUGUCAUUCCCAACUGCCUAGCGCGUGACCGGCAGCGCCGCACGUACAUGGGCUCAGAGCUAGCGCAGUGCCGAGACUUUGGCGAGAUGGCCUUCCGGCGGCCGGUCGAGCGCGGCUACAUUGUCAGCUGGGAGGCGGAGCGGGCGAUCUGGGAGCAGGAGUUUUUUGCAGACGCGCCGCCGUCGCUGCGCUGCGACCCGACCGAGACGCGACUGGUGCUGACGGAGCAGCCAAACGCGCUGCCGGCACUGCAGACCAACGGCGACCAGAUCGUGUUUGAGGAGUUUCAGUUUGCGAGCUACUAUCGCGGCACGGCGGCCCAGUUCAACGCAUAUCUGGAUCUCGAGCCUUUGGGUCCGUCUGGUCUGUCUGAACAGCCUGCGCCGGCCGAGAUUCGGCUCGUCAUCGACUCGGGCUACUCCUGCACGACCGUCACGCCCGUUCUGCGCGGCCGGCCGCUGCAGUCGGCCGUGCGGCGGCUCGACGUCGGCGGCAAGCUGCUGACCAACUACCUGACUAAGCUGCUGUCGAUGCGCCACUACGACAUGCGCCACGACACGUACAUUGUCAACGAGAUCAAGGAGAAGGCCUGCUACGUGGCCCUGGACUUUGCCGCCGAUCUGGACCGAACCUGGAAGGGGACACGGGGCGGCACACAAGACAGGACGACGCUCGUGGACGAUGGCGAGGCUGAUCGUCGUCGCCGGCUCGCCCAGUUUCGUGCUGGCAGCAACGGCAUCGCUCGGGAGUACGUGCUGCCGGACUACCACGCGCGGAUGGAAGGCAUCGUGCGGGACUUUGGGACGGCCGCCACAACAAGCACGGCAGACGUGCAGCCAGACGUGCUCACGCUACGCAACGAGCGCUUCGUCGUGCCCGAGCUGCUCUUCCACCCCGCCGACGUGGGCCUCGGCCAGCCUGGUCUGCCCGAUGUCGUGGCGCAGUCGGUCUCCUGUCUGCCGGUCGGCCUCUGGCCUGCUCUCCUGACCAACAUCGUCGUCGUCGGCGGCAACGCUGAGCUGCCCGGCUUUGUCCAGCGCCUGCAGCAAGAAAUCCAGGCCCGCAUGCCCGACGACCUGCUCGUACGCCUCACCCGUCCGGCCGACCCCAUCACCUGCACCUGGCGCAGCGCUACCCGCUUCGCCGACUCUGCCGUCGUCGGCCGGCUCGCCGUCACUCGCCAAGACUACGACGAACACGGAGCCGCCUGGGUGGCCCGACAGUUUGCGGGCGGCAUAGGGGGGGACGUAAUGGAUUGA